AUGUUUUCAACAGGGACGUUUGAGUUUAAUGUUAAAAAUUCCACGGAGUUCGUGGAAUUUGCAAACGAGGUUCAAUUACCACCUGGCUUUGUGCUUAUUUCUUUAGACGUGGUGUCACUUUUCACUAAUAUUCAAAAAAACCUGGUCAUUGAAUUGGUAGAAGAGAACUGGACUGAGAUUUCUGGCGUUUUAAAGUGUGAGAAGAGGUUCUUAUUGGAUUUGAUUGAAUGCAGUUUUGACAUGAGUUUCUUUGUCUUUAAGAAAAAAGUCUAUUUGCAAGUUGAUGGUACGAGUAUGGGAUGUCCAUCUAGCUCAGCAUUAGCCAACUUAGUAAUGUUUUACAUCUUAAAACGGGUUUUGAAUAAAUUACCGUUCCUGGUUCCUUUUUUGAAACUGUACGUGGAUGAUACUUUAUUGGCGGUACCGGAAACUGAAGUAGACAGAGUGUUGAGUUUUUUCAAUAGAGAACAACAGAAGAUACAGUUCACAAUGGAGCGUGAGGUGGAAGGGAAGAUAGCGUUCUUGGACGUGUUGAAUUUCGACAGAUCAAACGUCGAAAAGGCUAAAAAUAUCUUAAAUAACAACAACUAUCCACCUUCAUUCGUGAAGGUCUGUCUGGAAAGAUUUAACAGGAGACAGAGAAGCAGCAUUGGACAAGCAGGAAAGGAUUCAUCAAGAGGGUUCUAUUACUUCCGUUUUCCAUUCAUCAGAGGUCUGUCUAUUAAUAUUAGCAAGUGUUUCUAUGGAACUGAGUGGAGGCCUGCAUAUUAUAACCUCAGAGUUAUUGGUUCUCUGUGUACAAAGUUAAAAGAUCGAGUGGAUGUAUUGCAACGCUCAGAAUUGGUUAACAGGGUUCCUUGUGGUUGUCUGAAAACUUACGUUGGGCAGACAAAACAACGGCUGGGGAAAAGACUAAAACAACAUGAAUAUGACUGCAGAACAGUAAACAUCUUGAAGAAUAAUAAUACAGCUUUAGCUCAGCAUCAUUUUGACACAGGUCACAUUUUUGAAUUUGGGAAGAUCAAGAUCUUGGAUAUGGAGUGUUGUGGCAAAAAACGGAACUUGAGUGAGAUGAUUUUCAUCCAUUUGAACGAUACGGUAAAUUUAAAGACAGACACGGAAAACCUAAGUAAUCAUUAUAAUUUUCUGAUGGAUUUGUACAAGCGGAUGAAUAACGGGUUAGGCCUGUAG